AUGGCCAUUUUGGAUCGGGUUGCUCCUUGUGCUGGCAGCGAUGACGCGUUCUGGUGGAAGCUGAAUAAGGAGGAGAUUGAUGCUCCUUCAAAAUCUCUUUUAUUCGGUUGGAGACUAAUUCAUGAUAGAUUAGCAACCAAAGAUCAUCUCUUCAAGAAGGGAAUUUUGGAAAUUGCCGAGAUUAAUUGCGCCUUUUGUUCGGUGGAAGAGGAGUGUCUAGCUCACCUCCUAGGUGGUUGUCUUGUGGUUAAACCGAUUUGGUUGAAGGUUUUCGAUUGGCUUGGAAGCAUUACGGAUUUCUCGUUGGUAGAUUUCAUCACUUUCCCUUUCAUAUCCGAUAAGGUUCAUUCCCCGGCUAAAAGGAAGAUUAUUGGAGCUAUUUGGCUUGCUACGUGUUGGCAUAUUUGGUUGAUCCGAAAUGCGAUAAUUUUCAAGGAUGGUAACUUUAGCUUCCUAGAUUGUAUGUCGGAAAUUAUGCACAGUUCUUGGAAUUGGUUAUGUUCUAGCGGUAAGCUAGUUAAAAUCUGUAAUUUCCAUGUUUGA